AGGAGUGCGUCAGGCUGUGCCGCGAGAACGCCACGCUGCGGGGGAGGGCCGCGCGUUCCGGACGGGAGCCGCGCGCGGACGGCGCCGCGGACGCCGCGGGCGGCUCCCCGCGCGGCACGGACGGCUCCUGGGGCCAGGAACCCCCCCACCUGAAGCUCGGGGCCGGUUCCCAGGAGGCCAGCGUCGCCGAUGAGGUGGUGUCGGCGAGGGCGUCGGUGACCUCCAGCGCUGUCUCCAGGGAGGUUUCUCAGAGGUUUGGCGGCAGCAAGGCGCUGAAGGAACAAUUCGGCAUGGACACGGGGGCGUCCGAGUCCAACAGGAAGAUCGCCGCGGAGCUCAUGCAGAAACACCUGGAGAGGCGGUCACCCAACAUGAACUACUUUGGAUUCAGGGGCGCGAAAAAGUUGAAGGCAAAGUUGAAGUGGGUUCGCAACCACAACUUCGAUUACGCCAUGGCUACUGUGAUUCUUCUCAACGCGGUCUAUAUGGGAGCCCAGACCUGGAUGGUCAUGCGCAGCACCCGGGAUGACCAGGAUAGCGCGGCGAGAGCCAAGAGGAGCUGGCUGGUUGGAGAUGUGGCGUUCGCACUGAUCUUCGUCAGUGAGCUCAUAGCCCGAGUUUUCGCAUACCAGGUGAAAUUUUACCGUGGGAGUCAGAAGUGGUGGAAUUUGUUUGAUUGCGUCACUAUUACUGCGACGGUGGUGGCCACCCUGCUUGAUGUGAUUGGUACCGCGCCGAGCUUUACAUCAACCUCUUCAAGGUAUGGCGACUUGCGCGCCUGGCACGAAGUUUGAAAGUGUCGAAAUCCCGGUUAUUUCACAACCUGAAGGUGCUCAGCUGUACUGUGGCUGGAAGUGCUAACGCGUUCAUGUCCGCCAUCACACUCUUGUUCGUAGUCAUGUACGUUUUUGGUCUAAUGUUCAUGCAGAGGUUGCAGUCGUACAUUGUUAGAGACAACGCCGAUCCAUUGGUAAUUCUCCAACUGGAGGUUUAUUCUGGAUCCCCAGGAGACACCUUAUUCACUCUGUUGAACGUUAUCACUGGUGGAGAUUGGAGAGACGUGGCCAGUACGUUAAGGGACAUCGAACCCUCUUACACGUGGUUCUUCUUAGCGUAUAUUACGUUCACUGUUCUUUGUAUCUUGGACAUUCUCAACGGAGUGUUCGUUACCGUUGCCAUCGAAUCCGCCCAGACGAACAAGGAGUUGGCUAUCCAGAGUACCCAAUACAAGACUAGGGCUCUCAUAGAACAAAUGGUGGAAUGGUUCAUCGAGGCAGACAAAGACAUGUCAAACAGGGUCUCUUAUAAGGAGCUGCACGAUCUCAUGCGAGACGACAAAGUGCGGGCUUUUCUGCGGGCCAACGGCAUUGAUGUCGCGAGCACUGCCCAGGUAUUCUUUCUUCUGGACCGGGACGGUACUGGGGAGAUCGAGCCUGAAGAAUUUGUUGACAAUUUGAUCAUGCUGCGGGGAAACGCAAAGGCUCUUGAUUUAGCAUCACUGCGCGUGGUGUGCGAUGACUUGUCCCAGAAGUUUGAUGAUAUGGAUGACAUGAUGCGUAGACAUAUCGUUGACCUGGGCUCACCUGCCACUCCGUCUCGCCGUCAAGCGAAGGUUCCUGACGGGCUCGGGUGUGGACUUCGGCUUGGAUGGGAUGGGCCAGAAGACGACCCAACUUCGUUAAGACCAAACAGUUUUGGGCAGCCGAUGUCUGUAAGCAGUAUGUUCUAUCGCCAGGUGUCCAGGUGAAAGUCAGUUGAGCUGCAGCGGCUUGCGCGCCCCGGUUAGGCCUCCCCGAGGCCUUGCACCAGAGGUCACGCUUGCCCAUGGUCGCUCUUACGUGUAGCCGCGUAGCCGACAAAUAAUUAUUUGAAUCCUUUGUCGCGUCACAGCCGUUGCCGCCUCCCCUUGGCAAUGGCAAGACCGUGCGCACGUAGCCCGCCCUGCUGCUGCCAGACGCCAGGCUCGAGCGGCUCGGUGCGCCCAGGAUUUCUACGAAGGAAGAUCGUUGGUUGGACGAUUGUCGAAAUUGCGCUCGUUAUACUUCGAUGGCAGGGGCGUCUAGGGAUGAGAGCGCCAACAUCAUAGAUGCUUCCUCCUCCUCCUCCUCCUCCUCCAAGGCAUCUGGGUCAGGAGUGCCCACACAGAUGCCCAGGGCGACAGGCGCCCAGCUCCCACACCACCCACAUGCCUCUUUUCCGAGACAUCCCUCUCACAUCUUACCUCGUUGCUGAUGGCUUCUAGAUGUCUCAGUGUGGGCUGCUGGCUCCUGCUCGUUCGCGCGAUGGUCGGCAGCCGCCUUCGCGUACUCCAGUAUAAC